GAUCGUCAAAGUGGAGGAGAUAUAGAAAUGGGUGUGAUGAAUAGGGGAUAUUCUCAUGAUGAGGAUCAAGAUUCCAGUGAGAGGGGGCGUGCUUUGGACCAAGAGGAGAUAAAAACACCAAGAAACGUCUGCUGGUAUACAUUCACUCGUGUUUUGUCAGCGCUUUUGAUAAUUGGGAACGUCAUUUUGGACUGGCUCCAGUAUGCUGACAUUGAGGAUCCAAUCACAGAUAUCACGGACAAACUUUCCGAUAUCAUUCACGGAAGUGCUUCAUCAGAAGCAACGAGUACCAGUGACCCAUUACCAAAAAACGCAUCAUACUGCACUGACGAUUCUGUAAAAGAUGAAUUAACUAAAAAGUUCAUGUAUUUUUCCAUUGCUGGCUCCGUUCUCUCCGCCCUCCAACUAGCCAAGAUAAUUUAUCAGAUAGUUUUGAACCAUAAACGUGACCCAACAGAGCAAAUACCAGACAAAAUUGAUGGCAAAGUUGAGGUCUUCUUCACAACACUGUUUGUGGAGAUUCCACAAAACUACCUACUCCUUAAGUACGAUAACAUCAUUUGUUUUAAUUGUGAAAUCGAGUGGAAUGGAAAGAAAAUCAAACGCUUUCUGAACGGUCUUAGCUCUGAACUAGCCAGUGUUUGGCGCUAUAUAACCAGUAGCAAAUGUUGCGAUGGAAGUGGAGGAGUUGUUAAGCGUCAAGUAAAACACAAAAAACACAGCGACUGCUGUUGCUGUAGUUGUUGUUGUGGUUGCUGCAGACUGUGUGGCACACUUUGCACUAGAAUGUUUUGGUCCUGCGUGGAAGGUUGUUUUCCAUGUGUCAUUCUUUGUAGAGGGUACGAAGGAUGUCACUACAUGACAUGCAGCUACUUAACUUAUAACAGCGGCUUCUUUUGGUGGAAUUGCUGUCCGUGUGCCUGCUGCUACACGUGUUGUGAGGGUCCGAAAUGUGGAUCUUGUGGAGAUUGCUUCAAACGUUGUGAAAAUUGCUGCAAAAGUUGCGACAAUUGUUGCAAAUGUUUUGACAAUUGUUGCAAAUGUGACAUGUCGUGUGGUCAGUGUUUGAUGGAGUGUCUACUCAGCAUUAUUCGAUUUUUCGGUGGAAUAACUACGACAUUAUAUACUGCUAUGUAUGUCUUACGUGUGCUGGAGUAUUUCUGUGUGGUUCUCCCAACAGUCUUUGCCGAGGGAUUUGUUCUUUUAAUGGAUACUGUGUUUGGUUGGAUUUUAGACUGAC